CGUGGCCAGAGCAUGCCAGUUUGUUUUCGAUCGUUGCCCCAUGCGUUUGCGUCCGUGCCGUUCACGUGCGCAUUAUUUUGGUUUUGGCUUUUUUGGUGCGUCUGCCGUGCCCGUGCUCUGGGUACCGUCUGCACGGUUUCGCCACCGUGUGUUCGUCAUCGUGUCGCUGCCAUCAGCGUGCUGUCGUCGUCGUCGUCUUCGUCGUCGCCGCUGUUCACAGGACUUCCAGUGCAAUUAUGACAGUGUCAUAGAAAUAUUGAUUAUACCGUUCACACAGUGCAUUACAAUAAUUGGCCGUAACCAAAAAAAAGCUGCCUCAUCGGGCGAUAUAAAACAUAUACACACACAAAUGUGCAGUCCAUCAUCUGCGUAGUGCAUGCGCAAAUGCUUGUAACAGUGAGUUUGUGAAUAGAUACUUUUACACGUCGCCCCAUCGAGUGCACGUAGUACAGAUUUCGCACGCGUAACGUAUUGCACCUCUCGUUGAGGAUGGAUCGAAACCGUUCCGUACGGAUGCCGAGGGCGUUAUCCUUCCACCGCUGGAACUUAAUCGCUUAGUGAAAGGCCGGGACCAUGCACGAUCAGCUUCGGAUAUCGGCGGAGAAUCUUCAACGGAGUAUAGCUUGCGAGCCAACGAUCGGAGCCUAGCUCAGAGCACUGAGCAUUACCCGGGUACCCGUGUGGUACCUACGCCACCUUUAGCGCGAGCCAGCCUCGCCUUCAUCUCAAUAAGUGCCGCAGUCCAGUAAUUGCGUUUGAUUUAAUUUAAAACAAACAAAACACACAGUAACAUCCCUUGGAAGAACUUCAAAAGCUCUUGAUAGCCGGCACGUCAGCAGUGGUGUCAGCAACGGGCGAGCUGCUCUACAACGGAGAGGCGUCCCGGUUCGCGACCAACGCCCAGCACCUGCACCGCCCAGCCCACAUGCACCUCGAGAGCAUGGUCAACUGCAAGAUGAGCUCGCAGAACGAUUCGGUCGAGGUGGAAAGUUUGCUAAUGAGCCCGUGCUGGAACCAGUCCACCAGCGUCUCCGAUCAGUACCUGCUCGACGGUCACAAGCUGCUGCUCGAGGCCGAACUCGACUCGCUGCCGAGCGAUGGCGAAACGCAGAAGAGCUCGAUGGACGUGCUGGAGAACCUGCUGCUCAACUCGGCCGCCUCCAUCACGAGCAACGGGGCGAACGGACACGGCCACGGCCACGGCCACCAGAACGGACACAUUGGGGGCGGCGGUCUCGGCAGCGGUGACGUGAAGCCGCUACCCUCCUUUACCUCCUUCAACACGGGCCACCUGUCGAUCAACGGGAUCUCGGGCUACCAUUACACGGCGAUUGCCCAGCGCUUGCCGGAAGAGAACAACAACUACACGCAGAACACGUACGCGAAUGCGGCCACGAGCGGGACGAACGGCCACCUCGGUGGCAGCAGUGGGAACACGAACGGCAAUGGUGGAGCGCCCGGCACCGGCAACAGCGUCGGUUCGACCGGCAGCGACAACAACAUCGUGUCUUCCACGUCCACCUGCCUGCCCGACUCGGUGCUCAACCCGGACGGCACGAGUGCGGACAACGGGGGCUCGCAGACGUGCAGCCUGGCCGACGUGAAGCUGUUCUCGGACGGCUCGCUGGACGGUGCCAAAAUCUACAGCGCACCCGCCGACAGCUGCGUCAUGAACGGGGCCGACUCGGUGUCGGGCGCGCGGAUAUUCGUCGACACGAAGGAGCUGUCCGAGUACGACAUGAGCUCGAUCGAGGACAUUGCGGCGAUCAUCGGGUCGGCGAUCGCCGACACGACCGUGCCGAGCAGCAAGGUGGAGAAGGAGGACGGCAACGACACGCGCGACUCCUGGAUGGAUUUGGACGCGUGGAUCGAGGGCACCUGCAACGGUGUGCCGGACGGGGGCAAGCUGAUCGUCACGCAGCAGGACUCGCUCAGCGAGCUGAUCCUACCGAACUCGCCCGUCCACACGUCCACCGGUACCAGCUCCACCCUGCAGAGCCUGCUGACGCACGGCUACAUGCCGCUGCUCCAGAACCGGCUGCAGCACGGGCCGCCGAUCAAGCUGGAAGCGCCCAGCUCGACGUCCUACUGCGGCGAGCUCAUCUCCACCUCCACUAGUCCACCCGGGUCGGUCGUCUCGACCUCCACCGACAAUCUCAUACUCAACGGCCGGUACCUGCAGCAGACCGGGCACCAUCACCAUCAGAACGGGCACACGCACUUCGGGCUCGGCUCGAUCGGAUCGACGCUCGGCAAACCGGACGGCCUGUGCAGUCCCGAGCUGGGGCUCGGCAACUAUCCCCACACCACCACCACCACCUCCACUUCCUCCUCGAGCGCCAGCAACUCCCCGACGACACCAAAAAGCAAGCGACGAACCCACAAGCAGCAGUCGAAGCAGCCGGGCAGCACGCUCGUACCGACGCCCACCGGUGGCCUAUCCGCCCAACAGCAGCAGCAGCAGCAGCAGCAACAGCACCAGCAACAACAUCAUCAACAGCAGCAGCAACAACAACACCAUCAACAACAACACCAUCAACAGCAGCACCAGCAACAGCCACAGCAGCACCAGCAUCAGCUCAACGCUCAGUCGCAGCAGGCCGCAGCGCUCAGCUUCCAGGCGGCGAACGAUCUCAGCGGGCUUCUCGGCAAGGAGAAACCGGUCCACCGGUGCAACAUCUGCAACCGGGGCUUCCUGAACAAGAGCAACAUCAAGGUGCACCUACGGACGCACACGGGCGAGAAACCGUUCCGGUGCGAGGUCUGCGCGAAAGCGUUCCGGCAGAAGGCGCACCUGAUCAAGCACCAGCAGAUCCACAAGCGGAUCGGGCGCGAUUGACCAUCGGAGACGGUGACGGUGCAGCCGAGAAGCUCGUCGGGCUCGCGCAGAAGCAAACGGCGGUCCGGCGAGUCCGAGUGUGGCACCGUUGCCGGCGCCUAUCGUACCGACGGCGAUGGGCACAGCCUUCCCACCGAGCUGGAACUGGACCUGGAGCUGGAGCUGGAACAGGAUGCGGCAGGCCAGCAUCGGUUCCAUCGACCGUUCGUACCGUUCGUGUGAGAGGACAGCAUAGAGUGGUUCCACGCUGGGUGAGGUUCUCUUGCAGGGGGCUGGAAGCGCACUGUGCAGCACUGUGUCAAAGAAACAAAAACAAAACACUCGUACCUCAGGAGAUUAGUGAUGUAGUUUGCUGGGAGGAGCGAGCCCAGCAGAGGUUGUUCCUCUGUUUUGGCGGGUUGAAAAUCGAGGGCAGCAAAGGUUCCGGGCGUGUACAUAUAGCAAAGG